AGAUUCGACAUAUUGGCUGUGAACAUGCAUAAUGACUCUACUAUAAUUGAGUUUGUUCUGAUGGGAUUCCCGGUUCCUGAGGAGCUAGAGAUCAUCCUAUUCUUGCUGUUUCUAGCCAUCUACCUUUUCACUUUGGUGGGGAACCUGGGCAUAGUUGGGCUAAUUAGAAUGGACACCCGGCUUCACAACCCCAUGUACUAUUUCUUGAGUGUCUUAUCUUUUCUGGAUGCCUGCUACUCCUCAGUUGUCACCCCCAAGAUGUUGGUGAAUUGUUUAGUGGGGAAUAAAUCCAUCUCUUUUUCUGGUUGUGCCACACAAAUGCUUUUCUUCAUAACUUUUGGAACCACUGAGUGUUUUCUUCUGGCUGCCAUGGCUUAUGAUCGCUACGUGGCCAUUUCUAUUCCUCUGCUCUACACAGCCUUUAUGUCACCCAGAAUCUAUGUGUCGCUCAUUAUCGGUUCCUAUAUUGGUGGCCUCCUUCAUGGCCUCUUACAUACAACCGCCACCUUCAGUUUAUCCUUCUGUCGCUUCAAUGAAAUCAGACAUUUUUUCUGUGAUAUCCCCCCACUCUUAACCCUCUCCUGCUCGGAUACACACAUCAACGAACUGUUACUCUUCAAUUUUGUGAGCGCCAUUGAGGUGGUCACCGUCCUGAUUGUGCUCGUCUCCUACGGCUACAUCCUGGCUGCCAUCCUGAGGAUCCGCUCCGCUCAAGGGAGACGCAAGGCUUUCUCGACCUGCGCCUCCCACCUGGCGGGAGUGACCAUAUAUCACAGUACGAUACUCGCCGCAUACGUCAGACCCAGUUCAAGCUACGCCCUGGAGCAUGGCAUGGUGGUGUCUCUGUUUUAUACCGUUUUGAUUCCCAUGAUGAAUCCAGUGAUUUACAGUCUAAGGAACAAAGAUGUGAAGGAUGCUUUUAAAAAAGUGUUAGAGAAACAUUUUCAGAAUGAAACAUAUAAGAAGCAAUAG